UACUUAAUUGUCGACCGUCAGUAAGUAAGCUGAUCAUGACAAUUCCAGAAGCAACUUGGAUCGAUCUCCUUGAUGAAAGAACACCACAUUUAAUCGAGGAAGUCGCACCAACUAAGCUGCUACAGUAUUUGAAUUUACCAAAAUGGGAUAAAGAGAAAAUCACUUGCGAGGAACGGAAUGAAGGACCCGCUUACGCGACAGCGACUCUUCUCGAAAAAUUAAAGAAACAGAAUGGACCAGAGGGCCAAAAGACAUUUGACGCACUCGUUAGAGCUCUUAGAAAUAUCGGAAAUCAACAAUCAGCACUACUGCUUGACCCACACUUUAAAGUUCCUUCUGCUUUAGAGGAAAUCGAAGGUGAAAAUUGCUCUCGACUCGGAAUUUUGGGUACAGCAGCAGAAAUUGGCGUCAGAAUCCGUCUAAUGAACGAAGAAACAAAAAAGUAUUGCGAGAAACUGGAGAACGAAAUCUGGAUAAAGUUUCAAGACAUCAGAUCGGAAAGCACCCUUCAACUGCGUAAUCAGUUGCAUGCGGAUUUACCAGAAGGCGCAGCUUUCUCAGCAGUAAUUCAAGAAACGAAAGAUAAGUUGCCAGCUUGCAAACUUCGAGUGUCUCAGAAGUCAGCCGCUGAUCAAAUUUGGGAAGAUUAUGGCAAUGGAAAGCUGAGGGCAAUUUUGAAAGAAAAAUUGCUUCAUGGAAUAGGUGCUGAUAACAAUCAUCUUAAAAUGAGUAUUCAUAUCAUGGCGGAGGAAUAUGAAUGGGCGUGUAAAACUUUGGCAGGUAGUAAUUCAACUGAGCUUUCAGACGAAACGCAAAAAAUGAAAAAAGUACGCAUUCCUCCAGUUUUUCUCGACAAAAGCGCAAGUCGGAAACUUGAACUCCGUUCAUACCAACAAGAGCUUUCAAUCCCUGCGUUGAAAGGGAACAACUGCAUCAUUUGCGCGCCAACAAACAGUGGAAAGACUUACGUAGCACUUGCAAUAGCUAUAGCACACUUGGCAGAGCUGAGAGCCAAAGCCGCAGAGAACAAGUGUAGGACACCGGCAUCUACUUCUAUACCUCGUAAAAAGGUUUUGUUCAUUGUGAACAAAGUUAAUCUGGUUCUACAACAGAGGCAGCGAUUUGACUACUACUUGUCCAACAGAGUUGACGGCCAUGAUGUCACAGACAUAUCAGGAGCUAAUGCUCAGGACAAACAACUUGACGAAAUCACUGAAGAAAAUGAUGUCAUAGUUCUUACCGCCCAGAUCCUGGUUGAUGCUCUUAAAUCCAGAAGAGUCAGUAUCACCGAUUACUCUUUACUCAUAUUUGACGAGUGUCAUCACACAGAUAAGGGCCAUCCGUACAACGACAUCAUGCUCAAAUACCUGGGGAUCAAGUAUGGUUCUCGAGGUGGUCAGGAACUGACUCAAGAGAGACAAAACCUUCCACAGAUCAUUGGGCUGACGGCUUCCUUAGGUGUUGGAAAAGCAAAGAGCAGGAUUGAGGCCCAAGAUCACAUUCUCCAGUUGUGUUCAAACCUUGACUGCUCCGCAAUUGUUACUGUAGAGAAACACAAGAAAGAUCUCCAAGGAUUUACCGGGAGGUGCAUACGUACUUGCCACGAAAUAGCGAAUGGUGAAACGGAUUACUUCGAUGAAAUCAUGAACGCGGUUAUGGUAAACAUUGAACAAAUGUUGCCAAGGUUAUCUCGACGAAAUGGUACUCCUAACGACAGGGGAGGGCAGCAGUAUCAGCAAUGGCUAAAGGAACUAGAUCGAGACUCUGUCACCCACAAAAGCCGUGAACAGUGUACUUUGGUUCAACACUUACAGGUGUAUAAUACUGCUCUGGCUAUCAAGAAAUGCUGCCGUGUCAAAGAUGCACUGAAAUACGUUACGGAAUUUCAUGACAGACAAAGGGAAGACAAAUUUAAAGAUAUUGAUCGAAAUUUAAGGGCUUUGUACCAAAAGGCCAGAGAGGAUCUCGACCUCAAGAUAAAAGAGAAAGGAGAACUUAGAAACCCAAAACUUGAGGCUGUUGCCUCAUUAUUGAAACAAAAGUACCAAGCAUGCGUGGAGGAAGGAGGUCAACAAACAGCCAAAGGAAUGCUCUUCACUAAAACCCGUGAAAGUACCAAAGCACUGAAGGCCUGGCUUGAUGAGAACCCCGAUCUAAGAUUUAUUAGGGCUGAACGCCUUGUUGGUACUGGGAAAGGAGAGGAUGGAAUGACCCAGUGUCAACAGGAGGAAGUCAUCGCAAAUUUUCGCAGCGGCCGGGUAAACCUUUUAGUAUCUACUACAGUCGGUGAGGAGGGAAUCGAUAUACCUGACUGCAAAUUCGUCAUACGUUAUGACGUCAGAGGUAACGAAAUAGCAAGUGUUCAGUCCCGUGGGCGCGUGCGUGACAGAGAAGGACAAUAUGAAGUAGUGGCAGGAAAAGAAACUGGUGUUAUCGAGAAGGAAAAUCUAAAUGUGAUCAGAGAGGAGAUGAUGGAGGAUGCAAUUAGGGAGGUCAAGGCAAUGAAUGUUGACGAAUACAAGGAAAAGAUUUUAGAUCUUCAAAGGAGAACCAUCAGCCAACGACAAAGAAAAGAAACGAUCAAGAAAUAUGAGAAAAGCAAGAGGCAUCAAGAAAAAGUAAAAUUAUUUUGCCGGAAGUGUCAAGUGUUUGCUUGCAGUGGAAUUAGUAUCCGGUGUAUAAAGGAAGCCCACCAUGUGGUUAUUGACCAAGACUUUCCUUCGAAGUUUUAUUUUAAGAAAUCCAAGUCUCCCCGGAGGAUCAAUGACAUUGAACUGACAGGGCCUUUGCACUGCCAAGACUGUGAUGCAGAGUGGGGUGUGAUGCUCAAGUAUAAAAGUAAAGAAUUACCUUGUAUCAAAGCAUCCUGCUUUGGAUUUGAAUUUGAGGAAGAAGAUGGUGGUACGAAAACGUUCUCCUUUAGAAAGUGGAAAGACGUCCUCUUCAAUGUAAAGGGCUUCGAUCCCAGUGAAACACAGACUGAAUUUGUUAGUUUAGAUAUUCCAGAACUCAGUUUAGAUUAGAAAGGUUUUUUUCUGAAAACCAAAAACUUAAUGAGUAAGCGACUGCUUUCACUGUUAUUUUUAUCGUUUUUACUUUGUGCUUUCCAAAUUGGGAACCAAUUAAGACCAUCUUUUACAUUUGGAAUGGCACUUUAUCAUUUUCUGGAAGACGACCAAGCUGAGGUCACUCAGAUAGACAGAGGUAUUCAUUCUCUAUAAUUUUCAAAUUCUCAAUGAUCUUGAAGCCGUAAGCUGAGGCUGUAGACUUUUUGUGUCAGUUACUUUGAAUUUGAGCAAAACCCUAAUGUUAAACAGGAGUCCUCUUAAUGCACGUGACUGCACUGGAGAAUAUAUA